CUCUGGAAACCUGCAGGGACUGAAGAGGACUGGGGUCGGGGAAGUGGUUAAAAGGGGAUGGCUGACCAGCUGACUGAGGAGCAGAUCGCAGAAUUCAAGGAGGCCUUCUCCCUCUUUGACAAGGAUGGAGAUGGCACCAUCACCACCAAGGAGUUGGGGACAGUGAUGAGAUCCCUGGGACAGAACCCCACUGAAGCCGAGCUACAGGACAUGAUCAAUGAGGUGGACGCAGAUGGGAACGGGACCAUUGACUUCCCGGAGUUCCUGACCAUGAUGGCCAGAAAGAUGAAGGAUACAGACAGCGAGGAGGAGAUCCGAGAGGCCUUCCGUGUCUUCGACAAGGAUGGCAAUGGCUACAUCAGCGCCGCAGAGCUGCGCCACGUCAUGACGAACCUGGGUGAGAAGCUGACCGAUGAGGAAGUGGAUGAGAUGAUCAGAGAGGCUGACAUCGACGGAGACGGCCAGGUCAAUUACGAAGAGUUUGUACAGAUGAUGACUGCAAAGUGAAGGCCCCCGGGCAGCUGGUGAUGCCCGUUCUCUUGAUCUCUCUCUUCCCGCGCGCGUGUCUUCAACACUCCCCUGCGUAUCCCGGUUCUAGCAAACACCAGUUGAUUGACUGAGAAUCUGAUAAAGCAACAAAAGAUUUGUCCCAAGCUGCAUGAUUGCUCUUUCUCUUCCUCCCGAGUCUCCUUCCAUGCCCCUGCCAUCUCUUCCUUUUGCCCUUCCCCCUUCCAUUCACAUCUUCUAAGGCCUGAUGCAUUCAUAAGAUGAGCCCCCCAGUCCCCUUAGCGGGGGUGGGGGCGGGGCCUGCCCUCCUUCUCCAGCCCGGGUGGCUCUCGUCCGUCUUGGUUUGUUUCUUUUCAUAUGUCCUCUUAUAUUUUGGGUGCUGGGUGGCUGCCAGCCCUGUCCCGGGACCUGCUGGGGAGGGGCCGAGGCCCUCCGAGGGCCGGGCAGGAGAGCACGCCUUUCGCUGUUGCAUGCGACCAGCCCUGUGAUUCCCUGUGCCGAUCCCAGCAGCCUGUUGGGGCAGGGGUGCCGAGAGAGGCAUUCCAGAAGGACUGAGGGCGGGGGGCGGGGGGGAGGUUCCAGAGUUGUGGUGUUGACUGGAUGUGGCCCAGGAGGGGGUCAAGGGG